AUGUCUGCGAAAGGAAACUCGAAAAAGCGACGAGUGCCGAAUAUAGCACUGGAAAAAGAUAGUAACAUAAAAAACGUGAAAAAAAGUGUUAAUGAAAUACGAAAUAUCGAGCAGUAUGUUUCAAACAUAACGGCAACAUUGGCAAACGAUAUUAUGGUGUUACUUAUCGAUUAUUUCGAUGGAAAAAUUGAUAUUGAAGUUGUUGAAGAAAAACUAAAAUUACUUACGAUAGGAUGUCCAUCAUUAAUGUAUAGACAUAUUAUUUAUGAGCUGUAUUAUGAUGAUAAACAAUUGUUGAAGAAAUUUUAUUUUGUUUUAUUAUCAAUUAUAAUAAAUAAACAUUAUACUCGAUAUUCAGCGUCAAAUUCCAAAUUAUACAAUCGAAAUAUUCGUCAAUUAUUAAAACUAUUUGUAGAAAAUAAUAUCCUCGAAAAAUUCGAACAAAAUCAGACAGAAGAUGUAAAUUCGUCCCCUGAAUUUUCGUUAAUUAGUACAUUUAUGUUAACGAUUAUAUCUCAUGAUAAUAUAACAACGCAAGAUAUUCAUUUAUUUACAACAAUUUUAAUGGAUCCCAUAAUCACAAAAACUGUAGCAAACUGGCCGAUAUUAAAAUCCUUAUUACAGUUAUUUCGUCAAAUAUUGAAUGUUCAAUUUGUACAAGAUUUAUAUUUAAAAUUGAUAAAUGACGAAAUUAAAUAUUCACAACAUUAUGAUAAAAAAUCAUUUGCAGCUGCUACGUUAGGAAUUGUUGUUCAAAGAUAUCCAGAAGUAACCCAUUCAACAACUACACCGAGAACACUUGCUGAUUCAAUUACCAUCGAUCAAAUGUCAACACACUUAGAUCAAUUACAAAGAAUUGCUAAUUCAGGUGGAGGCACGCGAGCUAUUGGAGUUGGAGUAACAGUCAAUCCCGAUAUUGGUUGUACCGAAGAUAACUGGCAGGCAGCCAGUGGUACUGUAGCUCUUGUAAAACGCGGCUGUAAUUUCGUCGAUAUGGCUAACUUAGCAGCUAAAAGUGGCGUUGUUGGUUUAAUGAUUUAUAAUGAUGGCACAGAUUGUGACCGUUAUGCCCUGAUCACAGGUGCUAUUCCACCGAACGCGAGCUAUCUAGCUCUGUUUUUAUCUUAUCCGCUUGGUCUGACUCUUGCAAAUGCUGCACAAAAUACAUCGAUAAAUACAAGUGUGAUUAUUAAUGUUGCUUAUGUUAGCGCAAUAUCGGUUGGCAAUAUAUGUGCGGAUACACUGACAGGUGAUCCAACAAANCAAUUGUCGUUGGCAGCCAUAGUCAUGGAGUGCUUGAUGGAAGUGGAAUCAAUGAUAAUCGUAGGAGAAAAAGUCUUUUCGAUCAUCUUUGAAUUUAAGUAG